GCGCCCGCGUGACCCGGAAGUGGUCGCGUUUUAGCGCUGGGGGUCCGGGCGGCGAGUCGGACGCGGCUGGAGCGCGAGGAUGAACGCUCCUCCGGCUUUCGAGUCGUUCUUGCUCUUCGAGGGCGAGAAGAAGAUCACCAUCAACAAAGACACCAAGGUGCCCAACGCCUGUCUCUUCACCAUCAACAAGGAAGACCACACGCUGGGGAACAUCAUUAAGUCACAGCUGCUCAAGGACCCGCAGGUGCUGUUUGCGGGCUACAAGGUCCCCCACCCCCUGGAGCACAAGAUCAUCAUCCGAGUGCAGACUACCCCUGACUACAGCCCCCAGGAGGCCUUCACCAACGCCAUCACCGACCUCAUCAGCGAACUCUCCCUGCUGGAGGAGCGCUUCCGGGUGGCCAUCAAAGACAAGCAGGAAGGGAUCGAGUAGCGACAGGGCAGCUCUGCUCCUUGGCACACGGCGUUGCCCAGGGAGUGCCCACCAGAGGACCUCUGACACUGACAGUGGCCAGCCCACCCACCCCCGUGUCCUGUGUGAGCUAUUAUCCUCCUGAGUGGGGCAGCAAAAACUGGGGUUGGUGGAGGCAGGGGACAUGUGACCCUUAGGGGGCAUACUGCAAGACUGGGGUGACCCCAGACCCUGACUUCGGGCUUGACUUGAUCACAACAGGCCUACCAUGGGGCCCUUGUAUCUACGUAGAGUUCUCUGUGGGCUUCCUAUCCACAGCAGAAAUUUUAAUAAAGUUUAACAAAAAUACU